AUGGCCGGCAUGCCCGCCUGGGGCCACCUCGAGAAAGUCUCCGUCAUCGCCGCCGACCUCAAGAAGCGCGGCUACCCGGUCACCUUCAUCACGGGCGCCGAGUUCCGCGAGCCCAUCACCGCCCUCGGCAUCGACUUCGUGCCGUUGGGCGGCUCGGAGCGCAUGAUGAGCGAAGAGGACAUGGCGACGUUCUUCGCGAUGCCGGCGGGCUUAGACGCCGAAGCGUUCGCUAUCAAGAACGUGUUCAUCCGCGCGAUCCCGGAUCAUCAUCGCACGGUGCAGCGCGUGUUUGGCGAGUUCAGGAAGAGGCAUGGGAGAAGGAAGCCGCUGAUCUUCGUGUAUGAUGGAAGUUUCUUGGGGCUCUCGCCGGUCGCGCUGGGAGCCAAGGGAAUCAAGCCAGGUGCUUCCAUUGGGAUUGGGCUGGCGCCGCUCAGCUUGAGGAGUAAUGAUACGUUCCCGUUCAGGUCGGGGAGGCAGCCGGAUACGUCACGUGAUGCGGUGAAGAUUCAUCAGAAGGUGUAUGAGGAGCAGGCGGAGGAGCCGUUCUUUAAGGGGGUGUAUGAGGCGUUUGAGAAGGAGAUGAGGGGGUUGGGGGUGAAGGGCGAGGUGCCGUAUUCUAUCUUUGAGGCGAUGAACAAGAUUCCGGAUCAGUUGCUUCAGCUUAGUAUUCCGGAGUUUGAGUAUCCGCGAAGCGAUAUCAGAGCGGGUGUUGAGUGGGUUGGUGCACUGCCUGUAGUUGGGAUGGCGAAUCCGAAGUUGCCGUCGUGGUGGGAUGAUGUGCUGCAGGCGAAGGAGAAUGGGAAGAAAGUGAUUGCUGUUACUGCAGGGAGCAUCGACAACAAUCCCGAGGAUUUGAUCUUGCCGACGCUGGAGGCUUUGAAGGACAGAGCCGAUAUUCUUGUAAUUGCGACCCUAGUAGCAAGCGACGGUGACGGCUUGGAAGAAAGAGUACCAGCAAAUGCACGAAUGGCGAAAUUCAUUCCAUACGACUUGUUGCUCCCACACGUCGACGUGCUCGUCUCAAACGGAGGGUAUGGAACAGUCCAACAGGCUCUUCGGACUGGUGUACCCAUGGUUCUAGCAGGAGUAGGGCAAGACAAGGCGGAGACUGGCGGCAUUGCAGCGUGGGCGGGGGUUGCUAUCACCUUCUUGACACGAAGCCCAGCAGCUGAGAAAAUAGGAAAAGCUGUACAAGAAGUUCUCGAGAACAAGAAGUACGCGAUUCGCGCAUCGGAGCUUGCAGCCAAGUAUGAAAAGUACGACGCGCUCAAAUCCUUCGAUAACGCCAUACAGGACGCGGUAAAGAGAUUACGGUGA